GUUGGUGCGUUGCUAGGAGCCGCUGGGCAGCCGGCGGGAAGUGCUACAGAGCAGGAGAUGGAGGACGCCGUUUGCCGAUAGCGUCUGACUUGUUCAAUCGGAGGCUUUGCGACUCAGAACAUGGAUUUGGUGAUCAGACAGCAGUUGUCUGCAGCACAGAACCACCAAGACAUUCAAGCUUUGAAGAAUACUUAUGAGUUGAUCAAAUCAGCCAAUCAAGGGAAAUCUGCACUUGAUUCAUCAGAGAGCUUUAGCUCUGAUUUAUAUGUCUUGUGUGCAGAACAAGCACUCCAGAAUGCUAGUGUGAGCUGUUUGGACAAGAUGGAAGAGAAGUUGCUGAUGAAUGGUUGUUGUCAUGCAGAAACUGAGAAAACAUUCUAAUCACAAGAGACUGUUGCUCCUACCUCUGACUGUCAUAUAAAAUAUGACUCAGGUUUUUAUAAGUUUGAAAUACUUUUAAAGCAUGAUUCUGCAGUGGAAAAUAGCAUAUGAAGUUCCAGUGUGUUCAGUUUACAAGUAACAGGUUUUUAUUUCUUUUUCCUAGCUAUCAUCUAUAUAAAUUGUACCUGAGAUCUGAAAUCUAAUGUGCAUUAUUUGGGGUCAUGCAUCAUUUCCAGCAAAAAAGAUUCUGUAGGCUAAAUUCUACUCUUGGUUAUGCUUAUGCAACUCAUAAUUUGACCUUUCAGUUAACAGUUCUUUUAAUGAUGUGCAAUACAGUGUUAAGUAUAAAAAAUAAUAAAUUAUUUAUUCUUUUUGUACUAUAGUAAAACCACUGUGUGACUCUGAAUAAACCCAGAAACCAGAUCUGUUGUGUAAAAAGUUGCCAAUUUCCAUAUUUUGGGGGGAGAAAAAUGGUUAUCUUUAAAAUCUUAACUGUAUUGAAUUGUUUGUGGUGGCCUUACUUUCCAGUUGUAAAGGGACCUAUGAAUAUACAUUCUGCUGUCUCACCAAACACACACACAUAAAGGCUGACCAUUUUUGACCAACUUCUUUAUUGGAUUGUUGUUCAUUUAACAAAAAAACCCCACCUUUAAAAUAAUGUUUUGUUCUAGUUGGGGUAUCCAGAAAUUAGCAGUGACUGUCUACAGAUGUACUUUAAAGGAAGACAUCCUGUAACCCAGUUUAUGGGCAGAGCCUACUUGUGCCAAGGCCAGUUGUACACGCCACUCUCCACAGAUAAUUUGGUGAGAAAAUAUUGUGAA